AUGUAUGCGCUAUUCCUUUGGCUUCCUCGUUUUCAUCGUAGAGGUUCACUUCAGAUAGAUCGCAAUCUUUGUAAAGCUAGUAGUCGUAUGACGUCAUCACUGGAUACGUUCAUGAAUCGAGUUAUCUCUGUUGUAACUGGUGAUGGUAGAAAUAUUGUUGGAAUGAUGAAGGGGUUUGAUCAACUUGUGAACGUGGUGCUUGAGGAUUCACACGAACGUGUUUAUUCCGAGACUCAAGGUGUGGAGCAAAUACCACUGGGAUUAUACAUUAUCCGAGGCGACAACAUUGCGGUUAUCGGCGAACUAGACGAGGAACUCGACAAAAGAAUUGAUCUGGAGAAUGUGAAAGCAGCCCCAUUGGCACCUAUUUGGAUUCAAGGCGAAGUGUACAGUCGUGUCAGAUGGUCAGUGGUUGAGAGAGGAUGCGCUCGAAGCGACGCGGCUGUAACCUCGCUUAGGCUGAGUGUAGGGCCGAAGCAUUUCACAACGGCAAUGUCUGGUGGAGGUGUUGAGCAGGCGAUUUCAAGGACAAGUGUUCAUGAGGACAUAAUCAGGGAAGUUGAAGAGACCGACUGGACAGUUGAUCCCGUUGAGGAGGAAGACGUGUUGUCAUGUGCAACGGCCAAUGAAGCAAAUUCAAAAGAGGAUGUCGCAAAUAACGGUCACGAUGUAGAAAGCGAGGAUGAAGACAUUGAAUUCGACCCAGAUGAGCUCGAGUGUGUUGACGAAGAUGCAGAGGAAGAGCGCAAAGAAAGGGAAGAGCGUAUCAGAGACAGGCGCAGACGCACUGAAAGGUACAAAUACGAAGACAAAAAACAUCACCAUUCGGAUGCUCGUUCGAGGCACAUUGUUGAGCGGCAUCAUCCGUACUCACGCCAUGAGCGUGGACGCAACUUCGGAGGUGCUCACGAGAUUGAGAGAGUUGAUAGACAUCGUAUUGAACCAUUUCGUCUGCGGAGGCCAUUUAAUCAUAAGCCUCGAAGAGUCGAGAGUUAUCUACGAAAGCGUCGGCGAUCGUCCUCAAGUGAUAGAUCAACUAAAGAAAGACGUAACGGCGAUGAAGGAGACGUUCCUCUUGAAGACCUUGAACUUGAGGAGGUGGACUGUUAUGACGAUGUAGGCGACGAUGGUUCUGAGUUUACUGAUGGUGCUUCAGGUGCUGACGAGUCCCACGGAGAGGACGAAGAUCUCGACGAUGUCAGUAUGUCGCGCUCAAGAGGUCCCAACCACGUAUCUAGUGUUGACGGUGAUGAUUUCCCGGACCUCUGCGAGGAAAUAGACGAAGAUGCGAUGCGGCGUGCUGCAGCAGCUGCCGCUGUCAAAACCAUCGUCCUGCCUCAAUCGUUGUCUGCCAAAGUCAUCAGUUCACCUCCAGUGAAAACAGAAGGAACAGUAGCAAAGUCUCGUGAAACUUCACCAUAUCGAAGAGACUCCAGUUCACGAAAAAUGGGCAACUCCACUUUUUUAUGGCAUCACCGAAGCAAGAGAAAUGGCGAACGACAUGAUGAUGAAGCACGACGACGUCAUCAGUACCAGGAAAGGAACGGAAACAGAUCGAAGCGGGAGGACCGGAUGCAUGCUGAUAAGGAAAAAAAGGAUAGAGUCCGCGAAAACAGAGAUGACUCCAGCGUUCACCGAACAUACACUGCUGCAAAACUGGUAGCAACAGAAAUGUGCAGAAAUGAUGAUACUGAGUUGAUUUCCGUCAAAGGGCCAUUAGCUCAUGGUUGGUGCUCUGUUGAUGAUGAAGAAUUGCCUUCAACAUCAUCCGCCUCACCAAAAUCUUCGAAUGCUGUAGACGAUUCUCGAAAAGGAAGAAAACACAGUACUUCUCCACCUAAUUCACCACGAAAGAAGGAUUAUGGUUUGCAUGGGUUGCCUAGGGAUUACUGCUCAUCGCCAAAGUCUAGAACAUCGGAACACCAUCAUCAACAUCAGCAACUUCAUGCAGGCCGAAGCACCGCCAUCCUCGGCAGCACCAGCAUCGGCAAGAUUCCGUCAUUGUUGGAUAUCUGCAUAAAGGAACCCAUGGAUUUGCAACAACCGUCGACCGUGCUGAGUGGUAUUGGUUCGAGAGUUCGAAUGGAUGGUGGGAAUGUUCAUGUGCAAAGACGUGAAGCUGACGCUGACAACGAAAAACCGAAAAGUCGAUCACUGCUUGAUUUGGACAUACCUCCACCAGAUCGUAAGAUGAUGCGGCAGUACGCAAUUGUGCUGAAUAGUCUCGAGCUCACUCAACGACCAAGCCGAAUACGUGCAGAGAGGCGCAGUCUAGAUGUACCAACGAAGAUUCAGAGAUUGUCGACACCAAGGACGAAUGACCAUUCAGAGCGUUCUCGACAACCACGCUCUUAUGUUCGUGGAGUCCGUAAAAUAUCUCAGUAG